CGCGCUAGUGAAGGAGGGAGGGAGAAGGAAGGAAGGAAGGGGAGGAGCCGCGGCGUCUGCCCGUGUGUGGAGCGGGGUCGACGACGACUCUCAGUUCUUCGUUUGUCAGGCGAACUCGGCUCUUCCCUUCUCCUCCUCCCUGCGUUCACAUGACGCUGCUUUAAAAUAUAUAUAUGUAUAUAUAUGUAUUAUGUAUUGCUGCCCUUGAGGGGCGUCUACUCCCCGAGGCCCAAACGCUGAGGAGAGACUGUUAGGACUGCUCCUUCUCCGUCCAGCGUGGGGUGGAGGGCAGCCAGGUGGAGGGCUCCAGCCCUCGUUCUCGCUCAGGCAAAUAGCCGUGCUCUCCCGUCCGCCCGUCUCCGCGCACUUCUGGUCAAGGAGAAGGAUGGGCCCCUCUCCCUGGCCUCGCUCUUCCCUCCGCUUCCAAGUCUGUACAAUGAGCAGGAGGGAGGUAAGAGUGGACUGUACCACUUCAGAAACACUGAGCAUUGGAAAAGAUGAAACAGCUAAAAAGGAAAAGGAAAAGCAAUUUUAGUGUUCAGGAAACUCAAACACUACUUAAAGAAAUACGAAAACGGAGAGAAGUGCUUUUUUCCAAACAACUAAAUACAACCAUUAAUGAGAUGAAGCGGAAGGCCUGGGAAGAAAUAGCAGAGUGUGUGAAUGCUGUAGGUGAAGGAGAGCAGAGAACAGGGACAGAAGUGAAAAGACGAUACCUCGAUUGGAGGGCCCUUAUGAAGCGAAAGCGACUGAAUGCCAAUAUAAAACUUGUGGGUGCUGGCUUUCACCUUCCUUCAUCUGAUUUGGAUGACUCUCUCAAUGAAGAUAUUGAUGAGAAGUUGGGAUUUCCAAGUGAAUCUAACUUUGAAUGGCAGAAUAUUUCAGACUUCCGGGAAGCAGGUGGAUCACUAACAGAAGUCAAAGUGGAGGAUCCACAGAGUUUUGAAUUUCCUAUUGAGGAGGAAGAAGAGAUUCUGUCCUCAGUGUUGCCAGAUUCCAAAAAGGAAAGUGACCUUCCUGAUUUCACCCAUAUUGAAGAGUUUGGCAAUCUCAGCUCUGCUCAGGCUAGGCUGGCCUAUGAGGAUUCCCAUUUGCUGAUCAGCCUGGAGAAACAGAAGCUGGAGCUAGAGAAGCAGCGACUGGAUAUCGAAGCCGAACGGUUGCAGGUUGAGAAGGAGCGCCUGCAGAUUGAAAAAGAGCGGCUGCGGCACAUUGACCUGGAGCACGAGAGGCUUCAGCUGGAGAAGGAGCGGCUACAGAUUGAGCGGGAGAAAUUGAGGCUUGAAGCUCUGCAUGCUGAGAAACCCAGCUUGGAGAAUGAUCCCAGCCAGUCAGAAAAGCCUGUCUUGCAACCUCUGGAUUUAGAAACAGAAAAACUGAAAAUUGAGAAGGAGCGCUUGCAGCUGGAGAAGGAGAGGUUGCAGUUCUUGAAAUUUGAAUCAGAGAAGUUGCAAAUUGAGAAAGAACGUUUGCAAGUGGAGAAAGAGCGCCUUCGGAUUCAACGAGAAGGGCACUUGCAAUGAAGUUGGGAAACCACAGUUAACACUGCUGUGCUUUGUUGUCUGUACUUCUUCCUUUCUAAGGGUAGCUGGUUUCAGUAAAAGUGUUGGGCAGAAUGGUCUCCAGAUCAUUUCACCAUCAGUGAAAACCCUGCUUUACAUUGUUUUGAUACUGUGAUACUUACACCUUGGCAGUACACCUUUGUUUUGUUUUGUUGGCCAGAGUUGAACAUUUAUGUGUUCAGAUUUUAAAAGAAGCUGCGGAUUGGUGCUCAGUAAGUCAGUGUGCCUGUGUAAAUGGAGCUUAUGUGUGAAAUUGCAUUUCAGUGUAAGAGAAGAAGUGUUAAUGUCCUCUUGCAUUCUCUGUUGUAUAGCUUUACGUCCACAUUAAGAAUCAAGGCUUGGUAUUGUCAUUUUAAGAGUGUUCUAAAUCCAUAGGAGCCUUCAGCAUAUACUGUAUUUGCAUUUGAUCUGAAAGAAUGAGAUUAAAGCUAGGCCUUAAAAAUUACACAGUGUUAACCCUGAGAAUAAUACCUUUAAUAUGAGGUACACUCUUUUCUAGAGGAGUUUUGAAAAGUCAGAUAUUGAGGCUCCCAGUAGAUUUCCUCCUCAGUAUGUUUGUUUGUAGAAAAAGAAUAAAUGAAGUUUCAUGUGUGAAAACCCAGAUUUAACCAUUUGUUUCUAAUCCAGUCAUUACAACUUUUGGCUUCUGUAGAUAAUUUUGGUGGCCCACUUUGACAUUCAAGUGUUUGAGCAGGAAUAUUUCUUGUGGGAUUUACAUAGAUUAUAUGUACAUGUCAGUUUAUUUAUAUCACUAUGUAAUUACUUUUAUUUUGCAAAUAAAGUGUUGUUUUUUAUUACUGAAA